CGGCAUUCCACAAGAAGCGCUGCAAUGGCAGCUCAGUUCGGCUUGUGGUUUCCGUCCAAGAACGGUCGCGCAGAGAAUCCGAGGUUCAGAGUCCUCUGCCUCCACAGCGCGGGAAGCGCCGAAACGGUACUUACGCAGACAGCAGACACCUCAUUGCUUGCACUGUGGUGUGGUGUGUGUGGUGUGUGUGGUGUGUGUGGUGUGUGCAGAUCUACACCAACAAGGGCAGCCCUCGGCGGCCGUACCCCAACCCCCUGCUGCAGUGGUGCAUCGACAACGAGGUGGAGCUCCUUGCUGCACAGCUGCCCGGCAGACCGGGACCUCGCGCCAAGGAGCCAAGAAUCACGUCCGCACAGGAGGCCGCCAAACGCCUCUACGAGGUGCGGACGGAUGGCAGCUGAUGGCGGAUUAUGGCGGAUGGGGAUCUCUCUCUCUCUGUGUGUGUGUAUGUGUGUGUGUGUGUGCAGGUGAUGACUCCCCACUUUGCGGACGGCGUGUCGUAUGCCAUUGUGGGUCACUCGGUGGGGACGUGGAUAGCCUUUGAGCUCUUGUGCCUCAUCCGGGAGAAGCUGAAGCAGCAGGAGACCACCAGCACCACCACCCCUCAGGUGCCGCUGCCCAAGCACCUGUUCUUCUCCUGCAUGGUCGCCCCCGACUGGCCUGCCGACAAGAGGCCAUGGCGGCAGAACAAAGACCUCAAUGAGGAGCAGUUCAAAGAGGUGAAGCCGUGCCACUCACACACACACUCACAGACAGACAGACAGACAGACAGUCACACAGACAGACAGACGGACAGACAGACAGACAGACGUACAAGACCACACGUGUCGGCUGGUGUGUGUGUGUGUUUAGGAGUGCGGUCACUGGGACGUCAACAAGGAGGUAUUUGACAUGUGGGAUGUGUACGGUCCGCUGCUGAGGGACGACUUCACCAUAUUCGACUGCUACACAUUCACACACGACGGAUGCCAACCCUUCGACAUUCCCAUCACCGCAUGGUAGGUGUGGUCACCAACCACACACACAUACACACGCGGCGCCCAAUCCUCUCUCUCUUUCUGUGUGUGUGUGUGUGUGUGUAGGUAUGCCAAGCGAGACCGCAAGAUCAGCGAGGAGAUGGUGUCAGCGUGGCAGCGGUUCGUCAAGAAUUCCUCCAAGUUCACCCUCUCGUCCAUCGACGGCCACCACCUGUUCGUCUACGACAGCGGCGCCCGCACAGCCUGGAUGGACCAGAUAGCCCACAGGCUCGACCAGUGCCUGCUCGACGAGGAAUACGGCUUCUAGCCCAGCCGGCCACUCCACUGGCCCUGACAGUGUGAUGUCUGUGUUAGGUCCGUGCGUGAGGUCGGUCAGUUAGGUAGCUCUGUCAGUUUUUGUCUGUCUUGCCAAGAGACCUGAGCUCUUAUCAGGUGUCUAGGCAGGCAGGCAGGUUUAUCUGUGUAGGCAGGUUGAUUGGAUCGUCUCGACGGCUCGAUGGCCUGUGUCCCAUUGCAGUCAGUGCUUGCAGGUGCAUGAGUCUGCCGAAUUCGGGCAGGCUGAUGCUCCGGUGAGAGCUGCUGUGACAUCCCAGACCAGCGAGCUGUGUCGGUGUCGUAAGGUGUGCGGUUUGACUGACUAACGGGACGGGACGCUUCAUAGGAUCGUUCGGCAGGGGCGUUGCAGCACGCGUGGGUCUGACCUCUACCAAUAAACAGACAGACGCUCUGCCC